AUGGCGGGCGAUGGCUGGAAGGGUAAAGAGAUGGAAACAGACGAGUUCGCCAUUAGAUCUGAAGAGCAUGUUUCUGCAACACAAACUACUAAUAAGGCUCCUAAGGCUACAACAGUUCAAAAGAAUACAUGUCAUGGAAGGGAUAUUGGCAUGCAUAAGUUGGUCUUUUCAAGUGGUACCUUACCUGCUAGAGUAAAAGUGGGAUACUAUGUCCGUGGACAGAUUUUAUUGGGUGGCUAUUUAGUGGAUUCUGGAAUUUUGUGUAGCUGCUGCAACAUUGUGGUUAGCCCUUCACAAUUUGAAUCACAUGCUGGCCAGGCUAAAAGGCGUAAGCCAUACAAUCACAUCUUCACAUUGGAUGGUGUGUCACUCCAUGAUCUAGCCCUUUCCUUAUCUAAAGAUCGAAAGCUUCCUAUCUGUGAAACUGAUCAUCUUUGUAACAUCUGUGAAGAUGGUGGUGAUCUUCUCAUAUGUGAUCUCUGUCCCAGAGUUUUUCACAAGGAAUGUGUUGGGCUAUCAGAAAUUCCUGAAGGGGACUGGUAUUGUCAUUGGUGCACAAAUUUGCAGCUGAGAGGAAAGCGUGGCAGUCAAAAAAAUAAUACAUAUAUUGCUGCAAAGAUUGCUAAUGUCGAACCGAUUGAACAAAUCUACCAGCGAUGUAACCGUAUCAUAACUGAGCAAGGAGACUAUGUUGGUGGAUGCGCUAUUUGCAGAGGCCUUGACUUCAACAAAUCAAAAAAGUUUGGUCCACGUACUGUUUUGAUCUGCGAUCAGUGCGAGAUGGAAUAUCAUGUUGGUUGCUUGAAGAAGAGUAAUAUAGUUGAUUUAAAGGAACUACCAGAAGGAGAGUGGUUCUGCUGUGAUGACUGCAGUAGGAUUCAUGACAAGCUACAAAAAUUACUUCAAGUUGGACCAUUGCCAAUCUCUUUAGCAGAGUUAAAUUGUCUCUCACAAAAGCAAAAAGACAAGGGCUUCAAUGGCUUAAGCGCAAAUCCUAAUAUUAAAUGGAGGCUUUUGAGAGGAAAAGACUCAUCCGCUGAGGCAAAGAUUCUUCUUUCAAAGGCAGUCGCCACUUUCCAUGAUUUAUUUGAUCCUAUUGUUGAUGUGGUGACCGGUCAAGACCUUAUCCCCAAGAUUGUAUUUGGCCUUAUGCAAACUAUGUGGGCACCUUCCUUAAACCUGAUCCUGGGUGCUGCUGCCUAUGUGGAGAGAGUGCGCCCAUCUUAUUUAGUUGCAUUGCUGGCAUAUUUUGAUACAACCUUUCCACUUGAGCUUUCAUCUGAGCACCCAAGUGAUGUUCUAGCUACACCGGAUCCGAUUGAGAUGAUCAUUGUGAAACAGAAAGCACAUCGAAGUGUCAAGGAACCUAAUUGGAUGUUGGAUUAUGAAAUUUGA